CAAUAUUUGUUUUCGUCUGUUCCUGCGGAAUGAAUUUUUUAAAUCAUAUCAUGGUUGCUUUAUGAAAUCAGAAUUUGAAAUUUAUUUCAUUUAAAGGAUCAUUUUGGAUUCCUUUAAUAAGUCUCUAAACUAAGGCAAAAUUACUUUUAGUAAUCUGGAGAACUGCGAUUAGUGCAUCUUUUUGCUUUUGGAAUAAUUGGUAUAUUUUAAAAAGAAAUACUCUCGAAAUAUUUAAAUCAUGAUAUAUGUUAUCCUUUUUUGUCUUUUGGGAUUAGUGUCUGGUGUUUUAGAUGAAAAGCAUGAGCAAUGUCAACCGUGGAAAAGUAUCGAAGACAAACUGAAAGAAACAGUUUUACAGAUUAAUUGUACGCACACUGUUACUUGUUCUGGAAUGAGCUGUUUUCUAGAAAAAUACGGGUAUGAAAUUCGAAGCGGAAUACAUAUGAAUCCAUGUGAAAACCCUUCAAGCAUUGAAGUAGAAGUUGACAUUCCAAAAUUAAGUAUUAAUCAGUGGAAGAGAAAAUUUUACCAUGGCGAUGUUUUUUCAUUAAAUGAUAACUUAGGUGGCAAGCUUGACCUACAAAAAGAUAAAGGCAGUUUCAUUCUUGGUCUUUCACUGGAAAUUCAUUCUAAUAGUCCAUCUUCUCCUUUGCUCCAUUUGCUACCUACUAUUUUGCCAAGUAUGCAUUACCCUGUGUUUCAUAAUGUAGUUUUUCCAAUGCCUUCAUGUUCUGCUAAUACACAAUCCACAAGUUCUGCAACUUUUAUCACUAAAGACAUAUCAGUUACAACAUUGCCUCUGAUGCGCUCUCCUUUGCUUUUAAAUGAAGCUGCUGAGACUUACAUGAAUUGUUCUAUAAAAAGUAGUACUUGUCCUGAGCAUGAAUUAUGUCAACAAAUAGACAAGUCAAAACCAGCUGGCACUUGUGUCUGCAUGCCUGAUUAUGUUAGAGAUAAAAGUGGGAAAUGUAUUUAUAAUCCUACAGUUGUAACUACAACAGAAACGCCUGGUGGCCAUGUACAUCCUAAUCAUGGUACAUCUAAUACUUCUUUAUUACUUACUGCUAUAUUAGUUCCUAUAACAGUAAUACUUCUCAUUUUGGGCAUAGUGUAUGGAACUAUUCGUUUCCGUAUUUGUCAGCAUUUAAGGAGGAGAUUACGAGUUCAGGUGUAUGAACAAGUUCUUCUGGGUCAAGAUGAUGAUCUUGAAGAUGAUUCUUCUAAUCCUGUAGCUUAAAAAUUUAUAUAUAAUUACAUCAUUAGAAAAAACAUUGUGAUAUUGAACUUUGACUCCGAUGUCAAGCAUUUAAUAAGGGAGAUAUUUGUUGGUAUUUUUUAAAAUUUAUUGCUGCUUGUUUAUUCAAGAUAUGUUUUAUUGUUAGUGAAAAGUAUUUUACCCUUUGAUGUAUAUUCUUGUUUCUUUUAUACAUUCUUUUCUUUGAAAAAAUCUCAAUUUAUUACAUCACUCAUUAUUUCUACACAGAUUUUCAUAUUUUAAUUAGAAUUCCAUUUCAUCAUCUGAGUUAUAAUUAUAGUUUUUAUGCAUCAUUCAAAUUUUUUAUGUUUGAUGAAUGAUCUUUUUUUAUUUGUAUGAAAAUUGAUUCGUCAAUGUAGAAAGGAUGUUCACUGUAAUUUUUAAGAGCACAAUAAUGUUAUUAUCAAAUAAAUACAUUGUAUAUUGAGAGAAUAUUGUAUUUAUAGUAGUGCUUAAAACUACUAUAUCUAUGUAGAGUCUGUACAAACUUAUUUUCAUGAUAUAUUUGAUAUGGCAAACCUAUAAGCACAAGAAGAUUUUAGUGUUGUUAUCUAAGCUUUUUUUUUUAAUUUAAUAUUUUAUUUUAUCAAGAUAAGAAGCUUGCAGUACUAUUUCCAAAGGGAAAAAUAAUAGUAACAAAGUUUUAUGAUUAAAUUGGCAAAUAUAGUAGUUAGCAAUUAAUUACCAUUAUUUUUAUUUGUAAUACAUUUUUUCUAGUAGCUUUUUUUUGUUGUUAUUAAAUUAUAUUUUCUAUGUUGAUUUAAUGAAAUAAUUUGCUUUUUGGAGAUUAUGCUUUCUAAAUGCUAUUAAAUAUGUGUUUAAUGUUUUGGACUCUUUUCUAAAAACUGAUAGAAAGACAAAUUUUUCUGUGUGGUUUUUAAUUUAGCAUCUACUUAUGUAUAAGCAUUUGACUGAGUGCACAAUUUUACAUAUAUAUGAAGUUUCAAACUUUUUAAAAAUUUAGUGUGUGUUGUACAUAGUUAAAUCGUACUGAAAUAACCUAUGUUGAGUAGCAUUGCCAGUGAAAAUUUCUUAUCAAAUCAGUAAUAAAAUUCUAUUUUAAAUUAUUCUAUAAUCUUUCAAAAUGUUAUGUUUAGGUAAAGAGUGCAUGCUAUAUUUAUUUUCUUCAUGAUUGUUAGUUGAAUAAAAUUUAUCAGAAUCAGUUUUCACUUUAUCAUUGAUUUAUUAAUAAAUAUCAAUCAAAAUUUUUCUGUGCUGUUGUUAGGUAUUAAGUACAAUUUGUAAUUUUUCCUGUGUUUGAAAAUCAAAAUGUUUUUCCUGUAACCUUUGUAUAAUAAGGUACUUUUAUUUGGUGGAUAGUCAUGAUCUUCUCAUUCUAUGCCACUGUAGUGGUAGCACUCCUUUCAUAUGAUACAGUUCUUAUUAAUAUUGACAAAAACAUUAUAUUUAAAGUUUUAAUAUAUGUCAUAUAUUUCAUUGCUGCAGCAGGGAUAUACUUUUUAGGUAUAAAAAAAUUAUGUAAUUUCAGUUAUCAGAACAUAGUUUUUUUUU